GUGAUGCUGUUCGACAAGUAUAUUCCUCCUUGCUUGGAGACUUUAAGGACCAGGUUCAAAAAGAUAACUCCGAUCGCUGACAUGGCUCACGUUGAGAUGCUCUGCCAUCUUCUUCACUGUUUACUCAAGCCAGAACUGACUGCCUGUGAUUUUCUGAAGGAGCACUACGAACUGUACUUCGUUUUCGCUGCAGUAUGGGCGUUUGGGUCCUCCAUGUUCCAGGAUCAGAUGAUCGACUAUCGAGUGGAGU